AUGUGUGCAUUCUUGUGCUCUAUUGAUGAGAGCAUAUGGGAUGCGGUUGAGAAUGGAUGGAUUAGGCUAGAGGCAGCCAAAUCUACUUGGGAUAAGGUAGCCCUUGUAGCGUUCAAUGCUAAUAGUAAUGCUUUGAAUGCUAUAUUUUGUGGUGUCUCAUCUAAUGAAUUUCACAGGAUUUCACAUGUUACGAUCGCCAAGGAGGCAUGGGAAAUUUUGGAGACCACAUAUGAAGGCACCAAAAAGGAGAAGGACACCAAGUUACAUAUGCUCACCACUCGCUUCGAAGAACUAAAGAUGAGCGAAGAUGAGUCAUUCGUCUUCUUCUAUGGGAAGUUGAAUGAAGUGGUGAUUGGUAAAUUCAACUUGGGUGAAAAGACAGAGGACUCCAAGGUUGUCAGGAAGAUCCUACGAUCAUUGCUAGAGAGUUUUCGUGCCAAGGUUACUGCCAUCAAAGAGAGCAAAGUCCUUAAUGAGAUUAAGAUUCAAGAACUCAUUAGAUCUCAUCAAACUUAUGAGCUAUCUCUACCUUCACAAAGGAAGAGCAAAUCCCUUGCUCUUAAGACAAUCAAUGAAAGAAUGGAAGCUCAAGACUCCUCGGAUGAGGAUGAGGAUGAAAAGGAAGUGGUGUACCUUGCAAAGAACUUUUGUAAGUUCUUAAAAUUCAAGAAGAAUGAGAAGUCUUUUGAGAAGGGGAAAUUCUCGAAUUUCAAGAAGGACAAGAAAGAUUUCAAGAAGAAGGAUUCUAAAGAUUCUUCUUUGUUUCAAGUGGUUACAUGCUAUGAGUGCAAAGGGCAUGGGCAUGUGAAGAAAGAAUGCCCUACUUAUUUAAAGGCAAAGGGUAAAGUCUUUGCUACUACCCUUAGUGACUCGAACAACUCCAAUUCGGAUUCGGAAGAAAGUUGUGACAGAGAAGGAAACUACUCCGCAUUUAUGGCUAUCACACUCAUAGACUCUUCGGAAGAUUUGAGCACGCUAGUGGAAGAGCUCGGUGAGCACAUCGAAGUGGAGUCUAUGGGGGUUGGGAAGGAAUCAGAUGAUAAAGAUGAAGAAUGCAUCUAUAAAGGAGCAAAGGGAUUACAAAAAUCCUAUAAUUCUCUUCCUGAGAAGACCAGAGAGUAUGCUAAAGAGGCUAAAGCAACCAUUAGAGAAAUGAAGAAAGCUUAA